UUCCACCCAGACACAAUGAGCACAAUGGUGCCUGUCCUGAUGUCCCUACUGCUUCUCAUGGGUCUUGCAAACACCCAAUAUGGACGUUACUCUCUGAGCUUCCACUACAUUGGGGUGUCCAGGCCCAAAGAAGGCUACCCCAGUUUUCAAGUCACUGGCUAUCUCAAUGAUCUAGCCUUCCUCCACUAUGAUAGUGAAAGUCAAGUGGCUGAGCCCUUGGGCCCGUGGACACAGGUAAAAGGAAUGGUGGACUGGGAGAAUGAAACCCAGUUGCAGAUGGCCAGGGAGAACACCUUCAUGGAGACCCUGAAAGACAUUAUAGGCUAUUUCCAGGACGGAGGUGAUCACACUCUUCAGGGAAAAUUCGGUUGUGAGCUUCAAGAUAACAACUACUGCGGAGCAUUCUGGACAUAUAUCUACAAUGGACAGGAGUACAUCAAGUUCAUCAGAGAAAUCCCAGCCUGGUUCCCCCGGCAAACAAAAGCUGUGUUCACAAAAGUGAAGUGGGAGUCAGAAGGCUCUGUGCAAGCAGCCAAGGCCUACCUGGAGCAGGAGUGCCCCCAGAUGCUGCGGAAUUACCUGCAAUACAGCAAGACAUUCCUGGACCGUCAAGAUGCUCCCUCUGUGUCAUUCACCAGCCAGGAGGGCCCAGGAAACAUCAAGACUCUCAAGUGCAUAGCCUACAACUUCUACCCAGGACCAGUCAGUAUGUACUGGACUCAGGAAGACUACCCACUGGAGACUGAUGAAUGGGGAGACAUUAUUCUUAAGGAAGAUGGCACUUACCACUCCUGGGUGACAGUGAAAGUCCCCUCUUCAGACAUAGGCCCCUACUUCUGCCAUGUGCAACACAGCAGCCUGGCCCAGACCCUCACUGUCCUAUGGAAUGAGGGGCAGGAAUCAGGGGCUGAAACUGCCUCUUAGUCUGCAGACCAGUAACCACCUGUCUGUCCUUUGGGACAGGAGAGAGGUGAGCUGGAAAAUGACUGUCAUCGCCAUCAGCAGAGCCCAGAGAAGCAGUGAAGGGGACACACAGGAGGUGGAUUUGGAGACAUGAGGUUUGCAUGCUGGGCACUGUGCUGACUCACUGCUACAUUCCCCCUCAGAACCCAUUAUCUGAUCUCUGAAAUUGUAUCAGCACCUUUCUACACUAAUCAACUAGCCUAUAUGCAAAUAAAAAUCAGGUUGUUCAACUGUUAAAUGCUGUAGAAACUUCAGCAGAGGUUAUCAUUCGUCCUGCCCCCAAGCAUUUGAAUCAUCUGGAAUUGUUGGUAUCCACUGGAAGCAGUAUGUCCUGGCCAGUUUGACCAGGGGUCCCCACUCUAGUGUGUCCUGGCCACCAGAUACCAUGAGCACUGUUUAGGUGCUCACGGCUGAGGUCCCCUCUGCUUGGAAGGUCACACAACUCUGCAACCUCUUUAAUACAACCUGAAGCCUACUCUCUA